UGAGAUGGUGCGGUUUGGGAGAGAGUCGCGGAGUGGAGGAGAGCGGCGGAGCGCCGAGCCGAGCCCGCACACAGUCACGCACAGCGCCGCACACAGCCCCGCACCGGCCGGGGAGAGGAGCUCGCCGAGCCCCGCGCUGCCCUGCACACCCACACGCCCGCGGAACAGCGGCGGGGAGAGGAGCUGAGGGAGCGGAGAGCCGCGGCUCCGUGUUUACCGCCCGGGCCAGGCGGCUGGCUAGCUCCGUCCUGCCGCCCGCAACGCUGCCCUGCCCGGCUGCGGGGUGAAGAGCGCUCGGUCCCCCUGCGGAGCUCGCGCUGAGCUCCCAGCUACACAGCAGCUAGUUACACACCGCGGUGGCGGCGGGUCUGUACCGCCUUGUUUAACCUGAUUACUGAGAGAUUUCAGCUCUAAACAGCAGAACAAUGCGAUCCUCCGGCUGUUCACACGGAGCCCUUAUUACACUUAAUAACUGCCCAACUACAGCCUGAGAGAGGAGCAAAGUCUAUCAGGGCCGACUGUCUGGAUUGUGUGGUGUGGUCAGAAGCGGCUCUGAGAGCAUGUCUCCCAGGGCCCAGCCAGCGCUGUGUAAGCGAAGCCUGCAGCACCACCCUCCCCUCCCUGUCCGGCAGCUGUAGACAAAGAUCCACUGCACAAUGACUGAGCUCCAGUGAGGCCCAACCCAAAACCAUUCACUCACCUCACCUCCCCCUACCUCCAACCCCAGCCCCUGCUGGUCCAGCGCACGGCCGGCCCACGUCCCCACCAUGCUGCGCUUUCUGCCCCUCAAACUGGGCCGACUGUACCGCUGCCUGAAGCUGCUGCUGGUUCUGGGCCUGUCUGUGGUCCUGCUGAUGAACACUCACACGCUCUUCGCCUCCUUCCAGAAGAACGAGCUUACGGACCGUCGCUUCGUCAACCUCAACAAGUGCCCGGCCUGCUUCGGCACCAGCUGGUGCCGCAAGUUCAUGAACGGCCAGGUGUCCUUUGAGACGUGGGGACGCCUGCGAUUCCUGGACAUGUUCAACGUUAAGAACGUCUUCUUUGCGCAGUAUGGCGAGCCCAGAGAAGGCACCCGGAGAAUCGUCCUCAAACGCCUGGGCUCCAACCAGGAACUGGCAGAUAUUGACCAGAAAAUCUGUAAGAGGGCCACGGGUCGCCCCCGCUGCGACCUCAUCCAGGCCAUGUACAAGACUGAGUUCGCGCGACUCAACGGAGACGUGCGGCUGCUGACCCCGGAUGUGGUGGAGGGCUGGUCAGACCUGGUCCACUGCCCGUCUCAGAGACUGCUGGAUCGGAUAGUCAGGAGAUACGCUGAGACAAAAGACUCUGGAAGCUUCCUCCUCAAAAACCUCAAAGACACGGAGAGGAUGCAGCUACUCAUGACGUUGGCUUUCAACCCAGAGCCCCUGGUGCUGCAGAGUUUCCCUUCAGAUGAAGGCUGGCCGUUUGCGAAGUAUCUGGGUGCGUGCGGCCGCAUGGUGGCCGUUAACUACGUGGGGGAGGAGCUGUGGAGCUUCUAUAACGCGCCGUGGGAGAAACGAGUGGACCUGGCUAAGCAGCUGAUGGACAUCGCCGAGCAGCUCACCAACAACGACUUCGACUUCGCCCUCUACCUGCUGGACGUCAGCUUCGACAACUUCGCCGUGGGCCCGCGGGACGGCAAGGUCAUCGUGGUGGACGCGGAGAACGUGGUGGUGGCUGACAAAAGACUGAUCAAACAGAAUAAGCCGGAGAACUAUGACGUCUGGUACGAGAGCAAGUUUGAGGAGUGUGAUAAAGAGGCCUGCCUCUCCUUCUCUAAAGACAUGCUGUGCUCGCGGGUGACCGUGGACCACAACUACUACGCCAUCUGUCAGAACCUGCUGUCCCGCUACGCCACAUGGAGGGGCAGCCGCGGGGGCCUUCUGCACGACCCACCGGCCCACAUAGCCAAAGACGGGCAGCUGGAGGCCAUGCUGGAGGAGUGCGCCAACCCCAAGAAGCGCUACGGCCGGUUCGCGGCGGCCAAAGAACUCCGCGAGUACCUCACCCAGCUCAGCGGCACGGCCAGGUAGUGACCGGCCGCGGACUGAGAGAACACUCUUAAUAGUGAUUGGUUGUGGUGCAAGCUUUCAAAUCCCUGAAAUCUGGAAUUUGACGAGGGGAAAGCACAUCCUAGGAAACCUUCUGAGAGAUCCUGAGAUCUUUCUGGAGCUGAGGUUUCUGCCUACAACUUGUGAGACCUUCUAAAAGAGAGUACCAAGAGUACUUAACGUCCAAGCUACGUCCCAAUCUGACUUAACCUGACUUAACCUGACCUGCUGACAUUUUUAAGCUUUCUCUCACUUUCUGGUGUGACUGUGCUGACUGUUCUUGGUGGGGUACAUCCUCCUGCGUUGGGCUGCUGUUGAUUCCUGUUGAUUCCAAGACUGGCUGCAAUGUUUAAGGAGCAGCUUUCGUUAGAAACUGAGAAAAAUUUGGUGGAAGACCAGAAAAGAUGUCCAGAAACAGCUUUUUCAACAGCUUUUCCAGCUUCUCCAUCUACUUCAGUUCCUCGAUCCACUCCAGAUCACCCGUCCAUCACAUGACCUUUCCUCUCAUGUAUGGAGACUGGACGUUUACUAUCGUGUCCAGCAGCCUGAACUCGACUAACUGAGAACUCGACUCACGUUCAUCACUUUUAAGGACUAUCUUUAAGGAUUAAAAGGUUUACUCCCUCCGACCAGGGAGAGGCAGCAGCUAUUUUUCUAUAAGUAGCAUCUCAUCCCAUAGAUUGGUUGAUGAGAGAAAAGAUGAUGAGUGUGCUCACAAUGGCAGCUGGAGGAAAUCGGCGCACAGCAGCUUUUUUGAGGGAUUUGGCAACCCUCUUCACAUAGGGAAUCACCUGAUUUUGUUCCAGUGAUCUAAUGUUCGGCAAUCAGCCGAAUCGUUUGUGUUUUAGAACGUGGUAGUGAAGGGUUUAGAGUGUACAGAGGAAAAGAGGAAAAGAGUAGAGCAGAAAAAAGAAGAAGGGAAGAAAUUAUGAAAUGAGAGGUUUGUGGUUGUUUUUCUUUCUUUUGUUUUUUUUUUUUUUGUUUUUUUUAGGAAAAUUUUAAACCCCACAUAUACCAAAGAGCCUGGUCUGGUUAUAUGUUAUAAGUCCCAGUCCCAAUAUUAUAAUUUUUUUUUUUAUUAUCAUUUUAUCACACUGAACUGAUAGAAAUGUAAAAAAAAAAAAAAAAAAAAAAAAAAAAAAAAAAAAACUCGCAUAGCCAUUUCACUUUCUUAUUGGACUUUAUUUUUAUUUUUUAUUUUUUUGGCUUGCAUCAAUCAAUCAAAGCAAAGCAAGCACACAGAAGGCUGAAGUUAAUCCAAAUUAUGCAUCGUCUUCGGUGUGGAACCGAAAACCUGUCCUCUAAUUGGCCAUUAGGAAUAAGUAAUGCCCCUGCCCCUGCACCAGCACUGAAACUUAGUGCUACAGCAGUUCAGUAAAGAUCCAUGCAUCGACUCUAUUCAUCUACUCUACUCAUAAAUGUACACACAUAUAUAGUUUAGUUGCACAUUUCCCAACCCUCCAAUUCGUUCUUAAUUGCCGUGCUUUUAAAUUGAAUUAAUCAAAAUUUAAUCAAACGUCUCUGACGAUUAACAUCGGUUAACUCUGAGCGACCAGUCUGCCGUUUCUCUACAGUCUGCCCCCCUUUUCUAAUAGAUUAGCACAUUUGGUUUGAUUUUGACCAGUGAAUUAGAUCAGUAUGGUAAUGUAUGUAUGCGCACAUACCUUGGAAGAAGUGGGCGGGCUCUGAAUCUGAAUCAAAUCUGAAUUGAUCUAUGGAGGGAGGAGGGGCUAGCGUCUUAAGGAAGCUAGGUAUUUUGUACAAAACCAAUGGAAGGAGUGCAGAUGAGGGUUUCUUUCAUAGGCCCCAGUGUUCACCAGCUCUUCUUCUUCUACUUGUGGAGGUCUGCCAGCCUACAGAGCUUAGUCCUUGCCCUUAUUCAACACUAGUGAUACAUUUUGACAUAAAAGAAAGACUACUAGUGAAAAGUUGUUCUUUAUGGUAGUAAUAAAUAGAUAUGUUUGAAUAGAAGGAGUCCUAUAUA